AUGCCAGCUGCCAAGAAGACCACAAAACGCACCAGAGGCAAAAAUACAACCAGAGCAAACGCAAGAUCAUCAAAAUUGAAGACAAGGCCUUCAGAAGAUCAAUAUGAUUGUACUGAUCAGGCUGGGUCGGAAGAAGAGGUUUCCGCCAGUAGCGACAUGAAUGAAGGGGAUCUAGAACUAUUUCGUGCGGCAUUCGCAUCGGUCAAAUCGAAAAACACUAAGAAGAAAAAUGACGAGUUUCUAAAGAAAAAUCAAGCACUUGUCGACGAGGCUCGCAAGCAGGCCGAGGCUAUGGAACUUGCCGGUUUAGCUCAUAUCGAGCAAUUGAUGCGGGGAUUUGAGACUAUUUCCCAACCUUCUGCAAACGAUGACAUCUCGAAAUUCGCGGAUCUCGUUGGAAAUCGUUCAGCCUUCAGCCGAGAGUUGUUCGAAACAAGCAAACUCUCACUUGAAGAGCUGAAAGUUGACUACGAGAAAGUAUUUCGAGAUGCGGAAGACGAAGGCAAGUUGCGUCCAAAAGCGCGCCAAGCGCCGCGAAAAGCUCCGACGCCAAACAGUUCGCCACGGGUACCAAAUUUUGGAGCAAGGUAUAGAAGAGCAAAAGCUGAUUACCGACGCUGCGAACUUCAUCAAGAACUUCCAAAGACUCAUGAGUAUUUGAUCGAGGUGCUUUCUGGUCCUUCUCGUUUACGUGAUUAUAGAUAUAGGCUUGUUCCCUUCAUCUCGUUCGCUUUAGCCGGGCAGUUCCCUGAAUUUGAUGGCGUCAUUGGUGGUGUACCAAAAGGUCCGGCCACAAAGACCACUGCGUUCGCAGCGGUCGAGCCAGAAUCCAAAGUCGCAGCAGCAAUUCCUACCACAAUUACACCGGGAAAACUGCGCUAUGUGGAAAACUCUGGUGUUUGCGAAACCACGCCAGGAGUUUACCAAGCUUCAGGAUACGCCGAUCUCACCUCGAAACAAAGCAUCUGGUUUUGGUUCUUCGCAGCGCGCAAAAACCCCGACACUGCACCACUGUCAAUUUGGCUGAAUGGUGGACCUGGUAGCUCGAGUAUGAUCGGUCUAUUCCAGGAAAUGGGACCUUGCCGGAUGAAUAGUGAUGAGUCGACGGUUAGCCUGAAUCCUUACGCGUGGAAUGAGUAUUCAAAUAUGCUCUACAUCGACCAGCCUGUUGGGGUGGGUUAUUCAUAUGGUGAGACAGUAGUCGGUACCUCAAAGGAUGCGGCUAUUGCGCUAUGGAAAAUGCUUCAGAUCUGGUUUGCCGACUCCAAGUUUAGCAAGUACGCGACCCGCGACUUUGCCAUCUGGACUGAAUCAUAUGGUGGCCAUUACGGACCCACAAUUGCCUCAUAUUUCCUGGACCAGAACGCUGCCAUUGCUGCCGGCACAAUUACUGGUAUCAAGAUCAACCUAAAAGUGUUGAGUGUCGGAAAUGGGCUGACGGACCCGUACUCGCAAUACCCCGGCUAUGUCAAGUACGCCAUGUCUAACCCAUACCAGCCACUCGUUUCUACGUCUACUAUUACUUCUGCCAACAACUCUCUAUACCAAUCGGGAGGCUGUUUGUCCCAGAUUGCAAACUGCGCAAGUACCAAUUCCAACUCCGUGUGCAGCUCUGCACAGAGUUACUGCAAUUCUCGCGUCCUGAGUCCCCUUGGUGGAAACUACGAUGUCUAUGAUGUCCGUGUAAAAAACCCAGACCCAUAUCCUUAUGACCCAACCAGUCUUCUCUCGAGCUCCAGCUUCAGGUCCAAAAUCGGUGCUCUGAAGUCAUGGACGACUACCAACACUCAGGUGUACAGUAACUUCGCGACUACGGGUGACUGGAUGAGGAACUCGCGGCCUGAUCUUGAGAAGGUUAUUAAUGCUGGGGUGCGCACCUUGAUCCUUGCUGGCGAUGCUGAUUACAUCUGCAAUUAUAUUGGUUUCGAGUUAAUGGUCGAUGCACUUCAAACCAAGUUUACGAGCGAAUACAAGCAACAGAAAUGGACCAACUGGACUGUUGCCGGCAAUUCUGCUGGACAGUACAAAAAUGCUGGAACUUUCUCAUACCUCCGCGUUCCUGCAUAUGGGAACGGAAAACUUGCGGUCGGACAGGCUGCUUUGGUUUACUUUACCCAAGCCAUGCAGGGAAAGUCUGUUUCCUCGACUUGA